AUGGUUGCCAACCACCCCACCCGCCUUGCAAAUGUGACAAGUCUGCGCAGAGCAGCACCAGGAAUGGCGGUCAGUCCUGCCCAGAUGGGGCAGUUGGCGCAGCUGUUGACGCAGACGGUGGCAGGAAACAUGCAGGCCAUGAAAGCUGCUGAACAACAGCUGCGAUCGGCCGAAGUGCAGCCUGGGUUUGGAUUGGUUCUUCUAGAGCUCCUGCGUUCUGGCAGUGUGGAAGCGGCUGCUAGGCAAGCCGGAGCGAUUUAUUUCAAGAACUAUAUUCGGCGACAGUGGUGCGUCGAAGGUGCUGGUGGCAUUUCAGCUUCCGACAGACAAGCCAUCAAGCAGCAUAUCCUUUCACUUAUGCUUCAAGCACCGAAACAGGUGCAGGUCCAGUUGUCUGCUGGUUUGGAAGAGAUUUCCAUCACUGACUACCCUGCAGAGUGGCAGUCGCUGUUGCCGGAGAUUGUGCAGCACCUGAAAACAUCGCAGGACAUGUCCGUUCUGAAGGGAACGAUGCAGACAGCACACACUGUGUUUCUCAAGUUUCGAGCACAGGCAAGAUCUGAAGAUCUACUCCGGGAAGUCAAGUACACUGUGGAGGGCUUUCAAGAGACCCACCUUGCAGUUUUCACGGCAACCUGCAGGCAAGUUCUUGCAGGUGGUUUAGCGGCCGAUCAGCUGAUUGCUCAUUUUGAGCUCCUUUUAGCCACCAUCGGUGCGUUCUUCUCGCUGAACGUGAUAGACCUCCCUGAGUUCUUUGAGGAUCACAGGGAGGACUACUUCCGAGGUUUUCUGGAGCUGCUGAAGUUUCAGCAUGAGGCCGUGGCUGGGAAAGAGCAGCAGGGGCUCCUUGAGCAGGUGAAAGGCGCCAUUUGUGAGUGUCUCGUGCUCUACGCUGAUAAAUAUCAGGAGGAGUUUAUGCCCUUCUUGCUCCCUUGUGUCAAGGAGGUCUGGAGUCUACUCGUGGGUCUAGACCAGCAGGAGAAGAACGAUCAGUUGGUGGCCAAGGGAAUCCAGUUUCUGUCGUCUACCGCGGCAACUCACUGGCCUCAGUCUCCAUUUGAGGACCCAAAUGUCUUGUCCGGCAUCUGUGAGAAGGUUGUGUUUCCAAACGUUCUGCUUCGAGACUCAGAUGUCGAGCUUUUUGAAGACAAUCCGCUAGAGUAUGUGCGCCGGGACAUGGAAGCAGCUGACCAGGAGACCAGGAGACGAAGUUCCAUGGACUUGGUCAAGGCCAUGGGCCGGCUCAAUGAAGCGAAGGUGACCGAAAUCCUGAUCGGCUACGUGAAAGCGCUGAUGUCCAAGGCUGCUUCGGCUGGUGCCGGAGAAGCAGAGCGCUUCAAGGAUGCUUGCAUUUUCCUCUGCAUAGCCAUGGCGGUGCGGGAGCAGACCCACAGAGAAGGCGUCACGGUGACUAACCAGAACGUCAAUGUGCUUGACUUUUUCACAUCCUUGGUGGCGCCAGAGCUGACCGCGGAGCCUUUGUCCCAGCGACCCGUUCUGCGAGCUUCCUGCUUGAAGUUUGUGACCGUCUUUAGGAAUCAGCUCCCUAGAGAACAAGUCGGCCAAGUCUUACCUGCUAUUUGCAGCCACAUCACCUCUGAAAGUGCAGUGGUGCAUACCUACGCGGCAAUCUGCAUAGAGAAGCUCUUGAGGGUAAGGGAUGCGACGCCGCAGCUCGAGCCUCUGCUCCUUCAAUCUACUGUUGAAGCAUUGCUGCCAGAAGUAUACACAAAGUGGGUGCAUGCUUCUGUGGAUGUAAUGGGCCUGAAGCGGGUGCUGGCUUCUGAUGCUACGCACGAAGAUAGUCAGCAAGGACGUGCGCUUCGCCACAAGAUGCUCGACGAGAACCCCAUCACUGCAUUUGACUCUACACUGAAGCCGCCUCCGCCUGCGAAGAAUCCGAUGCAGGUGGUUGUCUUGAUGCGUCAUGGAGACCGCACGCCUGUUCGUGACAAGUUCGGCCAGCUCGACGUUUCACAUCUUAGUCCCAAGUGGGCGGCUCUGCUCCCAGCGGCUCACGAGCUCCUUGACAUCAGCAGAGUCAGCGUGGAAAGAUCCAGCGGCAGUGGGAAGAAUGCGUAUGCACAGUUUGUGGGAGAUGGCAACCUCGGCCAGCUGACAAGGCUUGGAUUUCAGCAGUGCCGCAGUGCCGGAGCCGAGCUGCGAAGACGCUAUGGCGACUUCCAUAUCCGGGCUUUCAGUACUGACUUUCCGCGCACAAUCCAAUCAGCUGCUUGUGUGCUACUCGGUUUUGGAUGUGCUUCUCCUGAAGACUCAACACAAAGAACAUCGGAGACACCGUCUGUUGCAAGAAUCCAAGUGCGUGCGCCAGCAGAGCAGACACUGCUGCCCAACUAUGAUGGCCGCUCACGCCAGUUCGCGGAAGGUAUGGACUGGGACCUUGUUCACCUUGUGGAGCAGUAUCAAGCUUCGCGGGAGGCUGCUGUGUACUCCAACUGUGAGCUCUUGCGCCUGGGCGCUGGGCGUCUGCUGCAGGAGGUCAUCGACAUCCUGCGUUCUCCUGGUCAUGGGAUCACCUUGUUGAUGGCGCACGACAACAUGCUGACAGCCUUUCUCAUCGCCUUGGGAGUUUAUGCCUCGCAGGUGGUGUUGCUCGGCUCCAAGUGCAUCGGACGCGGAAGCUGGGAGAAAACAGCGACUUUUGCAGAAGUGUGCUGGCAUGGUAUAGACCCCAGACAGUGCAGGACAACUCAAAAAACUACCCCGAGCAUCGUUGAAGGUCCAUUGUCCAGGGAUCAUUGA